AUGUCUAAAGUCUCAGUCGCCAUUUUUGGAAUUGGUGGAUCUUUGGGUAAACCAAUUAUCGAUGCCUUCGAAACUGGUAAGUUCGACGACAAGAUCGAACUUCCCAUCAAGGUUGUAACAAGGAAGGAUUUGCCAUCUACCGACAGAAUUCAAUAUAUUGUUGGUAACUUGGACGAUGAACUGGUCGAUAGUUUGGCACAGAAAUUGGAGGGUACUGAUGUCGUUGUCGAGUUACUUGCUGUAGAGCCUGUUUUAUUGAAAAUCGUCGAGGAGAUACUUCAGAAGGUUAAGCCGAAGUUAUUUCUUCCUUCUGAAUUUAGUGUAGACAUUGAUCAGGUCAACACUUAUAUCCCUGGAUUCUGGAGUGCCAUGUCGGAUCAUGUUGAACAUGUAAGAGAGUCUGGAAUUAAGACUGUAAGCAUUGUCACUGGCGAGUUUGCAGUUCCUGGCAGCUUCAUGUAUGAAUUGGUCUCACAAGUCGGAAUAGACGUAAAGGAAAAAACGAUCACCCACUUUGGUGACCCAAAUACGAAGAUCACCAUCUGUAAAUUGGCAGACAUUGCUAAUUCUGUUCUCUCUUUGAUUACUUUGUAUCCUCAAACUAUUCCAGACAUUGUUCGAAUCCAGAGUGAUGAAGUUACCUUCCAGGAAGUUAUCGAUAGAUACAUUCAAACCCAUAACGUUGAAUUGAAGGUAGUCAAGACAAUCCCUAAGGAACAAGUGGCCAAGGACAUUUUAACCAGAUUUGAAAGUGGUUUCAGCCUAGAUGAAAUUUUUCUCUAUUUGCAAGCAAUUGCAUCUCAGGGUACCGAUAAAGGUAUGCACUUUAGUGAAAUUCACAACGAAUUGGUAAACCCAGGAGAAUCUCUCUGGAAGUGGGAGAAGUUUUAG